AUGGUGGAUCUAGGAGGCUAUGUAAUCAUUCUGGUCGAAACCAAGGACAAAAAAAUCAAACUAUACGGUUCACCUGCUGACAAAGAUAAUUUGGAAGUCGGGGAUGAAAUUCUCGAAGUGAAUGGGAAGACCCUGGAAGAUGCCACCCAUACUGAAGUAAUAAGUCAUAUACACCAGUGUAUAAGAUCGCGUACAAUAUGCCUCAGGGUAAAAAGGAGAAGUGGUGCACGCUUGGGUAACAACGUUCAAGAUGCCUUCGUUAUCGCUGUGGAGCAGCAAGCUCGAGAGCGUUUGGAGCGUCUCUCAGCGCUCAAACGCAUUACACCCGUCGACAUGACCAAACUUUCCCAACAGUUGAAUCAGACGACAUCGUCAGGAGAAGAGCUGAACGGCUUCAUCAGCAACUCGCCGAUCUACGUGACUUCUUUGACGGCCACCGAAAGUUCAAACAACAACCCCACCGCAAACAGACCGGGAGGCGGCGGCGUGCUCAGCAGCAACACCACCGUCGUAGCCGUCAACAAGGACGUAAUCACCACCCCCAAGCCCCAGCUGCCCAACGGACACAACUCCGCGGAUCUGCACAUCACCCAGAACUCCCUCGACGUCAAGGACGUCACCAAGGUGCCGAACGACGUCAGGGUCACCGCACAGGCCGAACUCCAGAAAUCUAGGGACAGUCCGACUCAAGUCAGCCGAAGGAUAGGCGACAGAAGAGGCUCCUCACCUUUCCAGAAUGGAAGAACUGAGCUGCUGAUAGGCGCAGAAGACAAUAAAUUCAAAACGACAGCCAUUGUGGAAAGCAAUAACAAUCACAAAUUGGGGAUAGAAACUGAAAGCAGGCCCAGACGACGGUCCGGAAGCAGUAUAGUCGUCCUGGACGGCGACUUGGACACGGUGAAGAAGCACCCAGACGAGCUAGAUGACUACAACAUGGUGAUGAUGCUGUCGGGGGACAAUGGACCGCAUAGGGAGAUGGCCGUCGACGUGCCGGACACCUUCAUCGCCAGAAACAAAACACCUCCCAGAUACCCUCCACCAAAGCCCAUCCUGCAGAGCGGAUUGAAUGGUACUACCCCAGUCCAACCCCCCCUACCAGACCUCCCCGCCAAACCGGUGCCCCCUCCCAGGGACCAUCUCAAGAUAGAAAAAGAUGGCAGGCUCGUCAAUAGAGCGCCCGCCCCCCAACUACCCGCCAGGAUCACUAACAACAAUAACAUAACCGCUGCUACCACCCCCGCCCCCCUUACCCCCACUUCGGUGGUGGAACCCACCAGGGAACAACUGGACAGCAUCAAAAAGUACCAAGAGCAAAUCAGGAAACGCAAGGAAGAAGAAGAUAGGAUAGCCGCCCAAACCGAGUUCCUGAACAGGUCCCUGAGGGGCUCCCGAAAGCUCCAAGCCCUAGAAAGCAGACCGCAAGGCACCGUAAAUGAUGCCUUCGCUGAAGAUGAAGGGCAGGAGUCCUCCAGGUCGACCACUCCUGCGCCUAGCGCAGAAAAAGAACUGGUGCAUAUCGCAUACGCUUACGGCGACCUUGUGGCCUCAGUACAGCGGCUGCAGCUUCAGCUGAAGAAAGCCGGUGCUGGAGGCGGCUUAGGCGGACUAGAAGGUCGCAUUGCCGCCAUUCAAUCCCUGUUGCUGUCGCCGCAGUUCGGCAGGGCUUUGGCCGUGUACAACAAAGUGCAGGCGGUGCGAUGUCGAACAACUCCACGACCUACCCCCAUAGCCCAGACAGCGCUCAGGGACUGUCUGGACGCCAUAGGAAACUCUCAGAGUACAUACGCAGUGGAAUUGGCCACUCUUUUAACAGGUUACGAGUUCGAGGCUCUUAUGGUUGCACAUGACGGAGUUGCCUCGACGUUGCCGGCGGAUUCCACGACCCCGACGUCUUCUACAGCGGACAGUAUACCGCAGUCGGUAGCAGACAGACGAUACGGCGAAGACAACAUAAAAAUCAUCAAAAUCGAGAAGAGUACUGAACCACUAGGUGCCACGGUUAGGAACGAGGGAGAUGCCGUUGUAAUAGGGAGGGUGGUGAGAGGAGGGGCGGCCGACAAGAGCGGACUCCUCCACGAGGGCGACGAGAUCCUCGAAGUGAACGGCAUCGAGAUGCGCGGAAAAAGCGUGAACGCAGUCUGUGAUAUUUUACAAGCCAUGGAAGGCACCUUAACAUUCCUCAUCGUACCUGCCUCGCAAGCCCGACAGCACGGUAUCAGAGACACUGUCUUGCACGUGCGGGCGCAUUUCGACUACGAUCCCGAAGAAGACAUGUACAUACCGUGCAGAGAGCUGGGGAUAGGCUUCCAGAAAGGCGACGUUUUGCAUAUCAUUAGCCAAGAGGACCCGAACUGGUGGCAGGCAUAUCGGGAGGGGGAGGAAGACCAGACGCUGGCAGGUUUGGUACCAUCACAAUCAUUCCAACACCAAAGAGAAAGCAUGCGUUUAGCAGCGGAAGAAAGGAUGUCCAAGCCUCAAAGGAAAUCCACAACGUUAUUGUGUGGAAAAACGAACAAGAGAAAGAAGAAAAAAGGCGCGUACGCCGACGGUGGAUACCCGAUGUACUCAAACGCAGCCGACGAGUACGACGCCGAAGAAAUAUUAACAUACGAAGAGGUUUCGCUGUAUUACCCCAGGGCCAACAACAAGAGGCCUAUAGUUUUGAUCGGGCCCCCAAAUAUAGGAAGGCACGAACUUAGGCAGAGGCUUAUGGAGGAUUCCGAACGAUUCGCUGCUGCCAUACCUCACACUUCGCGUGCUCGAAAAGAGAACGAGGUGGAUGGCCAGGACUAUCAUUUUAUUACCAGAGCUCAAUUCGAAGCUGAUAUUCUUUCCAGGAAGUUCGUGGAACAUGGAGAAUACGAGAAAGCGUAUUACGGUACGUCGCUGGACGCCAUCAGAUCAGUCGUGAAUUCCGGCAAAAUAUGUGUUCUUAACUUACAUCCACAAAGUCUGAAGAUACUUAGGACGUCGGAUUUGAAGCCAUACGUCGUUUUCGUAGCCCCGCCUAGUCUGGAAAAAUUGAGGCAGAAGAAAAUAAGGAACGCGGAGUCGUACAAGGAGGAGGAACUGAAAGAUAUAAUAGAAAAGGCGCGGGAGAUGGAGGACAAAUAUGGACACUUCUUCGACAUGAUAAUAAUUAAUAACGACACAGAGAGGGCGUACCACCAGCUACUUAGUGAAAUAAAUAGCCUAGAGAGGGAGCCGCAGUGGGUCCCAGCGGCGUGGGUCAAGGCCCUUUAACACACCGAUUACAGGAACAGCCCAGUACGUUAAAACCUUUUGUCCUCGAAAAUGAAUGGAUGCGAGUAAAAGUUGUCGUUUAGUGUGUAGGCAUUUGCUCCAUUUCAUUUCUAGUCUGUACCGAACAAAUAUUUUAACCUGCUGGGUGGGACUGAAUCCGACUGAUUAAUAAAUUCGAAAAGGUGUAAAUAUUCAAGAUUUUUAUAAUGAUAGUGAUUUUAAUUGACUGACAUUUCUUAGUUAAUAUAGGAGUUUGUAAGAAGAGUUAGAGGUUGUGAAUGGUAUUCAAAAUGGCGGCGUUCGAGUAAGUUUAAUUUUCACCCCAGCUGUGUAAGCGUGUAAGCAUUAACUAUACAAAAUAUGUCUUCAUGAAAGUAAUAUUCACAUACUUGAAUCAUAGAAUUCAUGUCCAUAUCUACAUGGGUAGCAUUAGGUGAAAAUUUUUCAUUUGUAGUUUUUGAAGGGGUUGAAAUCUUUUCGUUUCAUUCCACCGUUAUAUUUAAGUAAAAAAGCAAUGCCGGAUUUUGUGACGCAAAAGAAACUCCUGUAUGUGUAUCCUAUGUUUUACUUUUCACUAGCUCAAUGUUUUAAAACUUGAAAAAAAGUUGUUAUUAUUAUUUUAAUAUACAGUAAUAUGUGUUGGUCCUUUUGACCCUUAAUCCGGCACUGCCCCAAGGUGCUAGUCUUCGUGGCUAUAAAAAUCCUCAAUGCAAAACAAGAUUAUGAAAAAGAAAUCACUUUAACUUGUGCUGCAAACGAUUGGGGACGAUUCUGCCUCUGUCUUUGUCUUUCUAAUCAAUAAAUAUAAGACUAAAAUAUUAACAUCACUAAAAAUAUACUGUGAUCCAAUAUUUGCUGCAAAACUUAAGCAGUUCUUAUUAAAAUUAGUUUUGAUUUAGAGCAACUUUAAAAUUUUUCUUAAUUUAAUUCUCCUUUUAUUAUAUCAA